AUGCAGAUGUCCAAUUCACGCGCUCAAAAAAUACUGCAAUUGAGCAUGCAAAAUGAACAGCAUGAGCUUGAUGAAACCAAUAACCCUGACUCUGUUUUGUUUGUUAAUAACCAGUUCCCAAAACCCUACGACACUUUGGUUGAUAGCGUAGCUUCUAAUUCUGCUUCAUCGACUUACUUUGAUAAUGGCUACAUUGACUGUAUUGAAAAUGAACAGCCUGGCGUGCAGUACACAUAUACCCCUCAAUUGCUCGGCAAUAACAUUUCCGAUAAUCAAAGUUGUUUUAAGACGCAGACAUAUUAUGAAAUAGUUGAGAAUGUUGUUAUUGAAGACAUGAUUCCGCCCGAAACAGAACAACUCAGUCCAAGUUUGCUAUAUCCUCACCUUUCACCAUCACUUAACUACAAUCCUGAAAAUGCCUCUAAUAGUUUUGAACCAACUCAUGCGUACCCCUCUACAAGUAAUGACAAUUUGAUCGUUCCUUUGACACAGGAAGAACUAACAGCUCAUGAAAGUAUACCUCAAAUCCCAACUGCCUGUCCUGAAUUAAUGAAUAAAUUAGUUGAUUACAGUGAUUCUGAUUCUGAACCGGAUGAACCGGUAAUAAAAAGAAAGAAAAGGUGUCAAGUAAAAAAGGAAGAUUGGAGUAGUGAAGUUAAUAAAAAGAAUAGAGAAAAGGGUAAAGAAUAUUGCGGUAAGAAAAAAGUUGAUGGAGAGUGGAAAAAAAAUAUAAAGAAACCAAAAAAGGUUUUGAAGCCUCGGUGUAGUUGUAAGGAAAGGGGAAACAGUGUUAUUCAGUGUCAUAGUAUUUCUGAAGAUGACAGAAAAAUAUUAUUUGAUAAAUUUUGGAAAUUGACUUGGGAUGAAAAACGAGUUUACGUUGAUAAUUUAGUAAAAAUUGUACAUACAAAUAGGCAAAGAGAUAGGAAGGAUCCUCAAAAAUCUAAAAGAGUUAACACUUUUAUUUACCAUCUAAAAAAAGGUGAAGAUAUGAUUAGAGUCUGUAAAACGUUAUUUCUAAAUACUUUAUCCAUUGGUAAAUCGUGUAUCUGGGGUUGGAAGAUUGAAGUUACAGGAAAGAAUACGGAUGAAAAAUUACCAGAAACUCCUCCCAGAAAGCCAUUUGACCAAGAAAUUAAAAUGUUGCAGGAGUUUUUAGAUGAGUUACCUAAAAUGCCUUCACAUUAUUGUAGAAAAAGGACAACCCAGACAUAUAUACAACCAGACAUUUCAUCCAAACAGCAACUUUAUAAAAUAUAUACAGACUAUUGUGCAUCAAAACACAAAAAAGCACUAUCUAUAGCCACUUUUACAAACACCCUAACCAUACAAAAAAUAGCUUUAUUUAAACCGAAGAAAGAUUUGUGUGACAUCUGUAAUGGAUACAAGCUGGGCCAUGUUACCAAAGAGACUUAUGACGACCAUGUAAAUAAAAAGAACGAAGCGAGAAUGGAAAAAGAAUCUGAUAAAGAAAAAAAGGAAUUUGUCUUUAGUGCAGACCUACAAGCAGUACUUUUAGCGCCGCGGUCCAAUGUGUCAUCAAAUUACUACAAGACUAAGCUAUGUGUCCACAACUGGUGCAUUUAUGACAUGAAAACUAGCGAUGGGUAUUGCUUUCUAUGGAAUGAGGUCGAAGGUGGGCUGAAUUCUGAUGAGUUCGCAACGAUUUUAUCUAAUUUCUUUACAGAUAAAGUAAUCCCGAAAAUGGGAGAUGACAACAGAUACAUAACCUUGUAUACGGAUGGGUGUACGUAUCAAAACAGAAACGUCAUUUUAAGCAACGCUCUCCUCAACAUAGCCAUGCUGCAUAAUGUGACAAUUGAGCAAAAAUAUUUGGAAGUAGGUCACACCCAAAUGGAGGUUGACAGUAUGCACGCAAUGAUAGAAAAAAAACUAAAAAAUCAAGUCAUAAAUGUUCCAGCCGAGUACAUCACUAUUUGCAAGAAUGCAAAAAAAUCCAAACCAUAUAUAGUUGAAUACCUAAACUAUUCUUACUUCAGGAACUUUAAAAACUUACAGUUUUACAACUCGAUAAGACCAGGAAAAAUGAAAGGAGAUCCUAAGGUUACCGACAUACGAGCUCUUAAAUAUACACCAUCUAGAGAAAUAUUUUAUAAGCUUAAAUUAACUGAAGAUUAUAAACUGCUCAAUCAACGUAGGAAUGCCCGAAUUAACAACAUUCCUUUUCAUAAUUUACCUGACCUGUACAAUGAACGCAGGAAAAUUACAAAAAAAAAAUAUUUAGAUUUACAACAAUUAAAAAAUUCAAUGCCAAGAGAUUACCAAAACUAUUAUGACAACCUUCCUCAUGAAGCCUAA